AUGACGAACCCGGAUAAUCUAACUUGCCGCUACUGUCGACGAUCGUUUAGUCGUGAAGAACACGUUCAGCGACACGUUCGAAAGCAUCUAGGCCUGCGCCCUUAUUCAUGCGCCGUCUGCUCUAGGCAAUUUGCAAGAAGAGAUAUACUAAAGCGACACCUCAACACUCAUGGGCUGUCGACUGACCAAAUCCAAGCUUUCUCCAUUUCAAGUCUUGGCCAUAUUCCGCACGCAUGUGCCAAUUGCGCCAAGUCAAAGCAGAAAUGUGAUCGAGCUUCACCAUGCGGCCGUUGUCGACAGAGAAAACUUCAGUGU